CCCCAGCCCGAUAUUCUCUCUCAAAUUUCUUGUGAGUUUUCUACCGCCCCUUCCCACCCAGUCCGCCUGCUGCCACGCCGUCGCACCUCACCCAGUCGGUGAGUAUCUCUCUCUCCGUUGUUAGGCUGCCUCACCGUGGUGCCGCAGCAGCCCAUGGUAUUCUGCCACCUCCUCCGCCAGAUCUCCAUUUCAGUUUGGUAUUCAUUAACAUGCAGAAAAUCUGAGAGCUGCACUUUUAUACCAAGGGCAAGCUUGCAGUAGAGGAUUUGGCCAUUGCUGCAGGAUUUGCUUGUGACCAUAAACAAUACAGUGUUGUCCUGAUAACUCAUUCAGCACAUGAGAUGGGAAGAAUAGCUGUGGCAGUGAUCGUGAGCUUGUGGGUCAUUCCCAUCUCCAUACUUGUUAAUCACAUUGUUCCUGAGCCUUACAUGGAUGAGAUAUUCCACAUACCGCAGGCUCAGCAGUACUGUAAAGGCAAUUUUAGAAGUUGGGAUCCCAUGAUUACCACUCCUCCUGGCCUGUACUAUAUUUCACUUGCCCAUGUUGCUUCUUUGUUUCCAGGCAUGUUCCUUGUACAAGCAGCUCCAUCAUUUUCUGAAGUCUGCACCACUGCAAUUCUUCGGUCUGUAAAUGGUGUUUUGGCAGCAUUAUGCAGUAUUAUUGUAUAUGAGAUAACUACCCACUUGAGACCAACUCUAAGUGAAAGAAAAGCAACAAUUUAUGCAGUGGUUCUAGCCUUAUACCCGCUCCACUGGUUCUUCUCUUUUCUCUAUUAUACAGAUGUUGCAUCGGUAACUGCAGUGCUUGCUAUGCAUCUUGCAUGUUUGAAGAAGAGAUACUGGUUCAGUGCAUUGCUUGGUGCGUUGGCUGUUGUCAUUCGACAGACAAAUAUAAUCUGGAUGCUUUUUGUGGCAUGUGCUGGGGUUAUGGAUGCUACUCUGACCCGUCAGAAAAAUAAUGUAGAAGUAAAUGACAUUGACACAGAAAUAAGGAAAACUGGAAGAAUAACUUCCAACAAUAAUGUCACAUGGGCCUUGAACUUGAGAAAAAGAAAGUUGAGCACUGCCUUGGAUACUGAUGAGCAUUCUAUACCAAGAACAAGCUUAUUUUCAGCAAACCAGAAAUCAGGUUUGCUUGAUGAGAUUCAGGUCAUCCUUUUAACAUCAUGGCAUAAGAAGCAACAGCUUCUGGUUUCCUUUAGCCCUUUUCUCAUGGUAUUGAUGGUCUUUUUGGCUUUUGUUCGUUGGAAUGGGAGUGUAGUUCUAGGUGCAAAAGAAGCUCAUGCAGUUUCCCCACAUUUUGCACAGAUAAUGUAUUUUGGUCUGGUUUCUGCUCUUUCCGUGGCUCCUAUGCACUGCAAUUCAGGUCAUGUUGUAGACUUGUUCCAGUCAUUUUGGAAGAGAAGACCCAUUAGUUUCUUCCAAUUGUUUAUGGCUGUCAUCUUUGGCUUAUUGUCUGUGCAUUAUUUCAGUAUAGCUCAUCCCUAUCUUCUCGCUGACAAUCGGCAUUAUCCUUUCUAUCUCUGGCGGAAGGUAAUCAAUGCCCAUUGGUCAAUGAAGUAUCUUCUGGUCCCGCUUUAUGUUUAUUCGUGGUUUUCAAUCCUCAGUAUGUUGGGGAAAGUUCAGAGGAAGAUAUGGGUGUUGGCAUUUUUCUUGGCUACUGCUGUGGUUCUGGUCCCUGCUCCACUGAUUGAGUUCAGAUACUAUACCAUACCAUUCUAUUUCUUGGUACUUCAUUCCCAUAGUAAUAACUAUCGAAGCUGGAUUUUCAUGGGGAUUCUAUAUCUAGCCAUCAAUGUUUUCACGAUGAUGAUGUUUUUGUUUCGGCCAUUUCAUUGGAACCAUGAGCCCGGGAUCCAGAGGUUUAUCUGGUAGGAAGUUUUGGCCUUUCCCGAGAUCCUUGCACGAGCCAUUCGUGGGUGUUGGUGUUUUUCAUCGAGGAUUUGGAAUAAGAGAAUAGCUUUAUUUCUUUAUGUGGCUGAGGCAAGGGAUGGAAUUUUGAGGCUUCUACUUCUUGCUGGUUUGGUUUACAAAUAGCUACAAGGCAUUAACCUUUACAAAGUCAUUUUAUGACCCUUCUUUGGCAGCACUUGGGUACUACAAGAGGUUGCUAUUCUCACUAUCUGAAACUUCCCCCGACUAUUUGAGAACCAUGUUGUGGGGACCUUCAGACCUUUUUUCAUCAAUUUUUACCAACUUUUUUUACUUUUAA